GAAGAAGCCACAGCUUGUUUAGAGACUUUUGAGAGUAUCGAUUAUACUCUAGUCACCCCGUCAUCCGUCCUGACCGGCCGAGGCUCCCCGGCGCAUUGCGUCAAACGCGCGACAGCAUGGACCCAGACAAGCAGACCACAUUCGAUUCAAACGCGACCACACCAACACGACUGAGCAUCGAUCAUGAGAGAGUCCCUCACCAUCCGUCGUCCGGUGAUACCCUGCAAGAAGAGAAGACGAACGAGCUGCGCGCCAUGGAGAGCCCGCAACCGGAGGAGCGGGUAGCCCGAGACGAGGUUGGCGAUAUCGAAAAGGAAGAGGAAGAUAUCGAGCGCGGAGGAGAAGCGCCCCUGGAGGAUGAGAAUGCCCCCAAGAAGGAUCCAAACCUGGUGGAAUGGGAUGGUCCAGACGACCCCGAGAACCCGCAGAAUUGGCCCAAGUGGAAGAAAUGGGUCUACACCAUGACGCUGUCGUCGUUGACCGUCUGGAUCACGUUCGCCAGUAGUGUGUUCAGUGAAGCAACCCUGGUGACGGCGGAGGAAUUCGGUGUGUCCACCGAAGUCACGACGCUGGGAACGAGUCUGGUGGUGUUUGGAUUUGCCGUCGGUCCUCUGAUCUGGGGUCCUAUGUCUGAGCUGUACGGGCGUAUGCCACCACUGUUCUUCGGAUAUGCUGUCUUCGCCAUCUUCCAGAUUCCCGUUGCCGUCGCUCAGAACCUCCAGACGAUCAUGGUGUGUCGAUUCUUCGUGGGAGUCUUUGGCUGUGCACCGCUGGCAGUCAUUGGAGGUGCUCUCGCGGAUUUCUGGGACCCAGUUGACCGAGGUGUUGCUGUUGCCUUCUUCUCAGCAGCCACUUUUGGAGGCCCUACGGCCGGUCCUAUAGUGGGUGGUUUCAUCGUGAGCUCCCACCUAGGAUGGCGAUGGACAGCCUGGAUCACCCUCAUCGCAUCUGCUUUCUUCGGCCUCAUCGCCUUGAUCAUCGUGCCAGAGACCUACGCACCAAUCCUGCUUCAGCGCCGCGCCGCUCGUCUUCGCCAUGAGACAAAGAACUGGGCCUACCACUCCUUCCUGGACGAGCACCGUCCAACCUUCAAAGAUAUCCUCUGGAAAUACAUCCUGCGGCCGUUCCAGAUGCUGUUCCUCGAACCCAUCCUAGUCUGCAUCACCAUCUACCUCGCCCUGAUCUACGGUAUCCUCUACCUCUUCUUCGAAGCCUACCCCGUCUCUUUCCAGGAAGUCCGCGGCUGGAAACACCCCGGUGUAGCCGCACUGCCAUUCCUCGGCAUCCUAAUCGGAGUCUUCAUCGGCGUCGCCUUAAUCUCCAUCAUCACCAAGACCCGUUUCGCGCGCAAACUCGAGAAACACGGCCGCGUCGUCCCCGAAGAACGUCUCGUCCCCAUGAUGAUCGCCUCCGUCAUCCUCCCCGCCGGUCUGUUCUGGUUCGGAUGGACAUCCAGCCCUCACGUCCACUGGUUCCCACAAGUUCUCGCCGGCGUGCCCAUCGGAUGCGGCAUCCUCGUCAUCUUCAUGCAGGGCCUCAACUACAUCAUCGACGUAUACCUCAUGUUCGCAAACUCCGCCAUUGCCGCCAACACGCUCGUCCGGAGUUGCGUUGGUGGUGGCUUCCCCCUCUUCGCUGUGCAGAUGUAUCACAAUCUCGGCGUGAACUGGGCGUCUAGCGUGUUGGGCUUUAUCACCGUCGCGAUGAUCCCGAUUCCGAUCUUGUUCUUCUUCUACGGAAAGAAGAUUCGCUCUUUGAGCAAGUUCUCGCCGAAGUUUUAAAGAAAAAAAGAUCCCAACCUUUUUUUCCCCCCUUCUUCCUCUCAUUAAUCAUACAUAAUCCUCGCCCCCCCCCCCCCCCCCCCCCCCGCGCCCC